UACAAACGAGUUGUUACAUUGCCACUCUCAGUGCUUCAGCACUUCGGUGGAUCCCUGUUGAAAAUGCUGUGCUAUUGCAAAUAAUAUUACAUUUCAUCUCGCAGUGAUUUUUGGCCUGAUUGAUUUAUGUAUUUUUUCCCAGCAGGUGUGCCACCACCUCCGCCAGGUUUAUUGACUGCUCCUCCACCACCACCGCCACCAAAUAGCCAGUCCGCCGGUGUCAUGCCCUGGAUGAGUUCUCAAGGUGGAUUACCCCAGCAAUUAUCUCCAUCUGGGCCUCCUUGGCAGAAUGCAGCCGUUCCUCCACCACCACCAUCGAACGUGCCUCCAUGGCAACAAGGACCCAUGCAUUCGAUCGGCACUUCGGUUGCUCCACCACCACCGCCACCAGGAAGCCAGCACGGUUACGCCUCGAGAUUCUGA